AUGAAACAGGAUGAAGUGCACGAAACGCGACGGUUUAUCAAAUCCCGGUUACUCCGAGAUCGUGCUACAUUCCGUGGAUAUGAAGCCGAGCGGCAGCAUAUUCGUGAUUUGCUGCUCCGUACCGCCGAACGCGGGGAAUCCAACAGCGCGCUGCUGCUUGGUCCUCGCGGAUGCGGCAAAACAACGCUCCUCACUUCUGUGUUGACCGAACUACUGCCGAUGAAAACGUUCCAUCGGAACACGCUUAUCGUUUACCUUAACGGCCUUAUACACACCGAUGAUCGACAAGCCCUGAAGUCGGCCACCGCACAGAUGCGGCUUGAGAAUGCGGUUGAUGGGAAGGUGUUUGGCUCGUUUGCCGAAAACCUGGCCUUCCUGCUCGACUGCCUGAAGUCGGGCGACCGGCAAACGUCGAAGAGUGUUAUCAUUUUGCUGGAGGAAUUCGAUCUGUUCUGUGCGCACCAUAAACAAACGUUACUGUACAACCUUUUCGAUGUGGCCCAGUCCGCCCAAGCCCCGAUCUGUGUGGUUGGCGUGACGGCCCGAUUGGACGUGGUUCAAUUGUUAGAGAAGCGUGUAAAGUCACGGUUUUCCCAUCGACAGAUAUUCCUUCAGUCGUUCGACACGGACUUUGAUGCUCGCUUGAAGCUGUUCGAAGAAUUGCUUAAGCUUCCGACGGAGCAAGAUGUUCGAAAGUAUAAUGAAACACAUCCUCGCAUACCGCAGCAGAUCAUAGAGACUAACGAGGAGCUGGUGUUGUUGCGGAACGUCUUCGAUCCACGAGAAUUCAGCUUUUCCUCCAAAUGGGCCACACAAUGGAAUCGACAGAUAGUGGCACUCGUCAAGAAUCCUUCAGUUCGGACAGCUCUGCAGCUGAUCUACGAUUACGAGGUGAUCGAGGGACCGUUCCGAAUGCUGCUGUUUGAGCUGGUGAGCGCAUUGGACGAGGAGAAUCCGGCCAUCACGUGCGAAUGGAUUCAGCAGCUCGCGAAAAGUUACGAGGCGGACGAUAAGGUAGCGCUCGUGGCAGGACUGUCGGCACUCGAGAUCUGUCUGCUGGUGGCGAUGAAGCACCACUCGGAGAUCUACGAUCGCGAUCCGUUCAACUUUGAAAUGAUCCUGACACGAUUCGGGAAGUUUGCGAACGCCAGCUCGACAAUGCAGGGCGUGGAGCGAGCCGUUUCGUUGAAGGCUUUCGAGCACCUGAAGGGGCUAGAACUGAUCGCCCCGCUUCCGGGUGGUGGGUCAUCCAAGGUGCAGAAAGAAUAUCAGCUCCACCGGUUACUGCUAACGUAUGGACAGAUCAAUCAGGCCGUCCAACGUAUGGCGUUCCUGCCGACAGAGAUCACCCAGUGGGCGCAAAGUUCACUAAUAUGAGCGAGGA